GACACCUUCCUGUCCUCCAAGCCAGCAGCAUCAUGACUUACAGACAGUGCUCCUUGUCUCCCUGGGGCCACAGCGGCUCCAGGGGCAUCGGGGGCAGCCUGCGCACUUCCUUCAGCUGCUCCAGCUCCUCCGAGGCCAGGGCUGGGGGCCCCUUUAGCUCGGCUAGUGGCUUUGGUGGCUUUGGCUUUGGUGGGGGCAGCUCAGGGGCCUGUGGCCGGGGAGGGGGUGGCUCCCUUUACAGCAGGGGCUUCAGCGCCGGGAGCCUGGGUGGGGGCUUUGGGGGAGGUGGCAGUGGUUUUGGUGGUGGUGCCAGAGGAGGUUUUGGCGGGUCUGGGGGCCUGAGAGGAGGCUUCGGUGGGGGCGGUGAGGGCAUCCUGGCUACUGAUGAGAAGACCGCCAUGCAGAACUUCAAUCACCGCCUGGCCUCCUACUUGGAUAAGGUGCGGCAGCAGGAGCAGGAAAACUGUGAGCUGGAGAGGAAGAUCCAGGAGUGGUACGCCCAGCGGGGCCCUAAGCUUCCCCAGAGGGACUACUCUACCUACUACAACACCACAGAGGACCUCAAGAGACAGAUUCUGCACCUGAUCACAGACAACGGCAAAACUCUCCUGGAGACCGACAACACUAGAAUGACCCUGAAGGACUUCAGGGUUAAGUAUGAGAUGGAGCGGUCCUUGAGGCAGUCGGUGGACGCUGACACCAACGGGCUGCAGCAGGUGCUGGAGAGCCUGACCAUGGAGAAAUGCGACCUGGAGAUUCAGCUCAAGUCUCUGCAGGACGAGCUGGCGACCCUGAAGAAGAACCAUCAGGAGGAGAUGAGCCAGCAGACCAGGCAGAGUGGUGGGGACGUCAACGUGGAGAUCAAGGUGGCCCCCAGCAGAGACCUCACCCAGAUCCUCAGUGACAUGCGUCAGGAGUACGAGCAGCUCAUCUCCAGGAGCAGGAAGGAGAUGAUGACUCAAAUUGAGCAGGAGGUGACACACAGUGGUCAGGAGAUGGAGAAGAACACCAGGGAGGUGAUCCAGCACAGGCGCUGCAUGCAGGAGCUGGAGGUUGAGCUGCAGACUGAGCACAGCAUGAAAGCAGCCCUGGAGAAGUCCCUGGAGGACACAAAGAACCGCUACUGUGUGCAGCUGCAGCAGCUGCAGCAGCUGAUCAGCAACAUGGAGGAGCAGCUCGCUGAGGUCCGAGGGGAGACCGAGUGCCAGAGUCUGGAAUACAGCAACCUUCUGAGUGUCAAGACACGGCUGGAGCAGGAGAUCCAGACCUACCACCACCUCCUCGAGUGUGGCCAGGAGGACUUCGAAUCUUCUGGAGCUGGACAAAUCGGCUUUGGAAGUGGCAAAGGAAGACAAGGAGGAAGUGGAUCUAGAGGAGGAAGUGGAGGCAGCUAUGGAGGAGGAAGUGGAGGCAGCCAUAGUGGUGAAAGUGGAGGCAGCCAUGGUGGCAGCUAUGGAGGAGGAAGUGGAGGCAGCCAUGAAGGCAGCCAUGUUGGAGGAAGUAGUUGUGGAGAAGGAAGUGGAGGCAGCCAUGUUGGAAAAAGUAGUUCUGGAGGAGGAAGUGGAGGGAGCCAUGUUGGAGGAAGCAGUUCUGGAGGAGGAAGUGGAGUCAGCCAUGGAGGCAGCCAUGUUGGAGGAAGCAGUUCUGGAGGAGGAAGUGGAGGCAACUAUGGAGGAAGAAGCAGAAGACCAUCCCAGUCCCAGUCCUCCUCAAAACUCGGGGACUGUGGUGAUACACAAGGCUACCAGAUCCGACACUAGAGGCCCUAGAGGAAGGGCCAGGUGACCACCCCCGCGAUGGGUGGACUCCAGGUGGCGCUCGCUUCCUGCUUCCUGUCAUUGGGACCGAAUGGCUGCCAGUGCUGGUGCCUGUGUGGGGCUGGAUUGAUUGGGCAUCCUGCCGCUGGCCAGCCACUGACCCCCUCCCCUGCUGGGCUUUGCUGACCUCAGGGUGGGGGAGUGAUCCUUUCCUCCGUGGGCCUAUGGGUGACCCUGCUCCCAUCCUGAGCCUGACUUCCAAAUAAACCUUUCCGAUUGCAAAUCAAA